UUUAAGCUUAAGAGCAGUACUACUAUUCUUAAUUUUAUAUUCUGACUAUGUUCUGACUAUUUAUUUAGUCACAACAAAAGUAUGAGUUGCAAAACUCAGACCAAGGAUUAUAUACUAUAGUAUAUAAUCCUUGACUCAGACUAAACUUUAGAUGAAAGGCAAUGUGUUUAGUCUUUACCCGUCCCUUCAUCGGCAUCCCAUAAAGUUAAAGUACACCAACGUGCUGGCCUUAGUGAUGACUUAACCUUAUGACUGGUGUGCACGGCAGCCGCAGAAGGUACGGUCGGCUGCGCUGGUGGCGAAGACGCAGCGAGGAGAGGCGGCCGAGUGCGCCCUAGUGGUGGCGUCGGUGCUGCUGGGGGCCGGGUACCGCACCUUCGUGGUCCAGGGCACGGCGCGCCCCUCUCUAGUGGCUGGCGACACGUCCAUCCUGCCCUGCCCCUACCUCGCGCCGCCCUACCAGGCGGGGAAGGAAUCGGGCAAAGCACCCCCUUCAAAAUACAGCGUGAGGCAGCCGCCGGACCUGAGGAGUCGUUACACCCUCAUCAUGGAGGAGCGCGCCCGCCGCCGCCUCCUUGCAGAACAACAGCAGCAGCAGCAGGAAAAGAGAGACAGCGACCCCAGCCUUGCAGAGAGCCAACAUGAACAACAGGUUGAUGCUUAGUGGAGCGACCUUCACUUCUGGGUGCUGGUGCUUCCCCACAAACGCCAGCUAAGCUCGCCGACCUUCGUGGAGCCGAGCACGGGGAAGGUCACGCCCCUGCCCGCUGAGGAGCCGCUGCCCUACCUCUACGUGCACGCCCUCUUCAACCACAGCAACUACUGGGCCUCCACGCAGCCUCGCCAGCCCAUCAGUGCAGACAUAGUAAGGCGUCCUAUAGCCACCUCCAAAUUAAGGCCUAUAAAUUUUGACUUGGACGAUCGCUCGAUGUGGCUGCCGCUCAUCGACGACGAGCCCAAGUCGCAGCCUAUAGAGCCGCCCCAGAAAACGCCCGAGCCAGCCUCUCACUUCGGUGAGCCUGAGGACACUCGCCAGUCUCUUCAGGAGUCUCAGGACUCACCAAGCAAGCCUCAAGAUGCACCCGGGCAGUCACAGGACCCCCAGGAAUCUUCCAGCAAGCCACAAGACACCCCAGUUAAGCCUCAUGAUUCAUCUAGUCAGCCGCCGGAGACCCAGGACGCCCUCAGUCCUUCACAAGAAACUCUCACGCAGCAUCAACAGCCCUCCAGUGCAUCCCAGACCAAAACGAGGCGCUCGAGGAACAAGGAGGAGCCGCUGCUGCCCCGCGGCUGCUACAAGCCCGUCGUCAUCACUGAAGAAGCCCUGUUGCAAAGGUUCCCCGGGGGGUGGCGGGAGGAGGUAUACCAGGGGGCGGUGGUGCGGCGCUACGCCCCGCUCACGCACCCGCGGGGGACCACAGUCGCCCUCACUCUCUUCACUCCUGAAGCAGGAUCCGUGAAGGAGGUGCGGGAGGAGUUCCAACAGCGGGAGGACAGACUUGUGGGCCGCGUCACGGACCUCCUGACGGGGGCGGUCAGGGACACCUUUUCUAGGAGCAGGAAGGACACACUCAAAGAACACCACUACUGGAGGGAGCCGUCGUCGCUGUCCUCGUGCGUUGACAAGGACGGCGUGGACAACCCAUGGCGGGCCUGCGAGCUGGAGGUGCGCCCCCAGACGCAGCCCCUCGAAGUAUUCCUCUUCCACUCGGAGUUCCGCGUCGACGCCCUCAGGAGACGGGAGAUAAGAAGCGGAGAGCUGCGGGAGGAGUACGCAGAUCGGGCAGACUUACUCCUGCGGCGCAUCGUCACCUUCGCUAGUGCCAUCUCCAAGACCGUGCAGAAAAUAGAGGAGGAGUUCGGGAGUGCUGACAAUGAAGACGAUGAAGUUGUGGGAGGAGGCAGCCCCCACGACGGCAGUGGCGGCGGGAAUGGCAGUGGCGGCGGCCGUGACGGUGGCAAGGGGGGGCGGCAGGCGGUAGAGCGGCGGGUGAUGAUGGUGGCGGAGGGGCGCGUCUACCUCCUGUACCACUACGGCCGCCACCGCCUGCUGCAGCCCUCCAGGACCUUCAUCAAGCCAGCGGACGGCGUGCCCACCUCCCUCACCAUGGACCUCACCCACAGCUUCCAACCUGACCCCGGGGCAGAGGAGCCGUCGUUGCCGCAGUUUUGGGAAGAGUUGGAGGAACAGAUGGAGGCCGAGGCCCGGGCGUUGGUGGAGGUGCGGCAAGCAGUGGAGGAGACCGAGGCGGUGAAGGAGGCCCGUGUGGCGGAGGAGGAGCGAGCCACGCUGCUGCCGGGAAUCUUCGACACCACGUCCAACGCCACCGUCCAGCAGAUCCUGAAGGAGAGAGAGUGGGAGGAGGCCCACCGGGAAGAGACGGAGAGAAAGAAGAGAGAGGAGCGGGAGGGCCGCGUUGACACCCUUGCUCCUUACCUGCCGCUACUUCAGGGAGGAGAGGGGCUGGAGGAGGCCGUAAAAGAGCGCUGCCUACAGGACUUGAGAGAUCGCCUCGCCCUCAGAGCAAACCUUCUUCAAGACAAACUUGACCAAGCUCGAGAGAAUGUGCUGGCGUGCCGGGAGGAGGCCACGCGCCGUAAGCGAGUGACCGCUGAGGAGCGCGCCGCCCUCAACGCCCAGACCGCCGCAGCUGAGGCCGCCCAUCGCCGCCUGCGGGCCCACCUGGCGGCCUGGAGACACGAGGCCGAGGAGAGGUACGAGACCAUGGCCGCCAAGCUGGAGGCCGACCCGCGGAUUCAUGACAUUCCCUCCUCCACCGCCACGCCCCAGCCGACGGACAGACAGGGCUCUCCUGGCCCCACGGCCCCGCAGCGCUGAGAUGCAGCACUACGCCACGUGGGUCUAGGCGAGAGGUGUAAUGUGGGAGGAGGACUUUCUGAACAGUUGUUUCUCAACCCUGAAUUCUUCAACGAUGAACCCACACGAGUAUCUUUGACGUGAUUUGUAUCCCUAAACAUUACAGUAACAGCAAAACACUACGGGAAAAUACUAUGUUUAUAGAUAUUUUAAAUGUGUGUGUGUGUGUGUGUGUGUGUGUGUGUGUGUGUGUGUAUAGACACUUUUUUUUCUGGUUACCAGCAGCAGGUGGCGCAGCGAGGCUGUGUCUAGAUCUGUCAGCUGACUUAUAACCACACGCCCGUGACCACACACCUGCCACUGGUCCAACAGCCGCUCACUCAGCCACUCAUCAGUAUCACGACACCACGAGCGAGUCAAGAAAACAUCUAGUAUUGAGUGGACGUCAGUGCAGUUAAACACUCCAAUUACCAACGAGACAAAUCGCCACGGACGUGUAAUCUUUUGUCACACGCAAGCCAUCCAGCAUGAAUCACGCGACCACAGUGACUUCCACUGCUUGCUCGUCUUCAAUUACCUUCAGAUUCAUACUUGUUGGUGGCUUUC